AUGCGUGUCGAUUGUGUCAUUGUGGCUCAUUUUUACCCCCCCCCCCCCCUCCCCCAAUCGCAGACGGAUCGAAGCAACUUGCAGGCUGCGGAAAAACAACUAGCCGAAGAGCGCAAACAGCGUGUCGCUUUGGAGCAACAAUUGUCAGCUCGACAGCAUUCGCGCAAGGCGCGCAAGGAGCUUGUUUCCUCCAGUGCCUCUGGACCGCCACCGCCUUCACAGUGCACCGCUGGCAAGGGAACGAGUACAAAGUCGGUUACUUGUGUCUCGCGUGGCAUCUCCACCAGUUCACCGAAUGGCGGAGACGCAUUUGUAUCUUCUUGCACUGGUGGUGGAGAUGCGUGCGCUGCUCGUGUGAAGGAGCUGGAGGCGGAACUACACCUGUUGUCGUUGAACUUGUCCGCGAAGGAUUUGCAGUUGACAGCUUUGAAGGACAGCCGCGCUUUGCACAUCGUUAAUGGAUCGGAUGGAAGCGACAGAUCUGCUUCACACGACGACCGCCCCAAAUCGUCCUCUACGAUGAACCGUUUGGGUGCUGAGCACUCGGAGAAAGAGGAGCUUCUAUCCAAGUUACGCUGCUUGCAGGAGGAAAAUCGGCGAAUGACCGACACGUUGAAGGAGGAGGACAAGAUGAAGCAAGAAUUGAUGACAGCCUAUCACAGUUCAUUGCGAGAGAUAACCGAUUUGAACGCUUCGCUCACGAGAAAAGAAUUUCAAAUUGUGGAACUGAACAUGCGUUUGGAGGGAUUGACUCCGCACUUGUGUGAUUACCUAAACUUGCAGAACGGGCCACUCAAGUAUUUCCCAAAUCAGGGAACAUCCUCAGGUGACAAUUACACCAUGGGUCAAUACCAUCCUCUUCGCACUGCACAGCCUCCAGACCCGUCGUCCUUGCGACAUUCCGGUUCGAAUGCAAAAGCUGUUGGUCGACCUUUACUCACUAAUCGCGGGCUUCACGACGGUCGUUCUGCACGUACUCAACCGAAUGGUCUGGAUCACUCUUUAGCUGUUGGCUGCUUCAAUUCAAAGAUGGGUUACACUUACCCUGUCUAUGGAUCCGGCUUCUUGGACGGAACUGGAGUGCCUGUGACCGAACGACCUCCAUGUAUUGGGGACAAUUACUCUCAACUUACUAUGCCAAACGGAAGUGGCAUUCCACCGCAUACUUUUGACAGUUCUUAUUCAGGAUUUCUCAACGCCUCUGACAAUGGACACCCCUGUGCCAAAGCUCAGCUGGGUCAGUCUCCCUUUUUCGGACGUCCACCCGCGACCCAUAUGUCUGACGACUUCAACCGAUUCGGUUCUCCUCAUUUGGACUCUGUUUAUUCCGGCGGAUCACAUCCCUCUUCGAUCUCUUCCCCGUUUUAUCACCAAAGCCGUCAGGCAUCUACCGUGUCAAAUCCAACCACUGCAUAUCCGGACCUUACAACCAGAAUGUUACCUAUGGGGAACGCAGCGCUUAAUUCCUCCCUACACCCGUCCACCGUAUCAUCACCAAUUAUGCUUAACACGAAUGUCAGUCGCACACUUCUCAGCCCUCAGUCACUUCGGUGCGAUUUUCAAUCGUUCUCCACCGGAUGCACAACUGCUGUCGGACCCUCAGAGUCCAUGAUGACCACUGCCACUGAUCCGAUUCAUUCCGGGUUGUUGCAUUCGCCAUCUGGCCUGGAAUUUCCCACUCUGGAUUCGACACCAGCGAACUGUUCUAUCAGUUAUUUGCUGGAGACCAUGACUUCAGCUCGGUCGGGUGAUAACACUCUCCCCGUCAGUGCUCGCCAGCAACUUCCCCAUGACAUCUUUUGCGGUACGAAUACAGGUCGUGUCCAACAACAAAGCACUUUUAUGUCCUCUUCUUCAGAUAAUGUAAACGCUUUUCUCCCAGUUACUGUAUUCUCAGGAGGUUCGAAUGCUCUUAACUUUCUGAGAACAUCCACAAACAUGGAUUCUACUGUUACCCAGUCAGGCGAUUAUCAUCCGUCGAACGAGAGCGCUUUGGACUCUGAAUCAAAUCUCAGCCUACGCAGCGACUCCUGCAGCACCACUCCCACCCUCGUACCCUCUUCAUCGGACGACGUUUAA